AUGCGCGAGAGCAACGAAACAAUGAUCCGCACUCUCUACGCCCAAUUCCCACCCCAGCCCACCGUCAGCCAAACCUCUUACACAAUACCCUCCUCCGACGGCACCCCUUUCGCAGUAAUCCGCUUCAGUCCCAACCACGACAACCAACGCAGCCCAGCACUCCUCCACUUCCACGGCGGCGGCCACUGCGCAAACUCCGUCUCCCUCUUCACCCGCGCCAUAUCUGAACUAGCCGCUCUCACAGGCAUCCACAUCUUCUCAGUCGACUACCGCCUCGCGCCCGAACAUCCCUUCCCCGCCGCAAUCGAAGACGGGUACGCCGCACUAACCUGGCUCUCCUCCAACGCCGCCUCUCUCGGCAUCGACGCCUCCCACAUAGCCAUCAUGGGCGAGUCUUCCGGCGGCGGCCUGGCGGCGGGAACAGCGCUACUCGCGCGAGACCGUGGCUUCGCGCCGGCCUUGAAGAAAAUGGUCCUCGUGUAUCCCAUGCUAGACGACCGUUCUAUCACGCAGAAUCCAGGCUGGGAUAAAGACAACAGCACUGUGAGAUUCCUGUCGAUGUGCUGGGAAGCGUACGUCGGGGAGGACAAAGCGGGUGAUCCCGCCGCGGACGUGAGUUGCUAUGCGGCGCCGGGGAGGGCGGAGAGUCUCGAGGGUUUGCCAGAUGCGUAUGUAGAGGUUGGGGAGCUGGAUCAUUUUAAAGACGAGUGUGAGAGGUUUGCGGAGAGGCUGGGUGAUGGGGGUGGGCGUGGAGGUAGUUUGAAAGCUGAGAUUGAGAUUGCAAUUAUUGAAGUAGGAUGGGCGUUUUUGAAGAGGUCGUAA